AUGAUGUUCGACUAUUCCUUUCUGUUAGAAGAUAAUGUAGAGUCUCCUGAUAAACCAUAUGAGUGGAGCGAUGUGGUUACCCAGUUCAAUUCGGUACCAUCUCGUGAAGUGUGGGUUUUGAAGAAUUCAAGCUGUCAACCUGUCAGGAAGAUGAAGGAGGAUGUUGAUGCACGAUCGUCUUUAAUUUCAUUGAGGUUCGUAAUAUAUGGUAGUGGUAGUGGUAGUUGGUAG